CUCUCUCUCUCUCUCUCUCUCUCUGAUCUCAGCCUAUCUUAGAGAAAAAGUAUAUCUGGAUUUGUGGGUUUCUGAAGUUUGGUUGGUUGAGGAUGGGGAGGCAACCGUGCUGUGACAAAAUUGGGUUAAAGAAGGGUCCUUGGACAGCUGAGGAGGACAAGAAGCUUAUUAACUUUAUUCUCACCAAUGGCCAAUGUUGUUGGAGAGCUGUUCCUAAGCUUGCAGGAUUGUUAAGGUGUGGCAAAAGUUGCAGACUGAGAUGGACAAACUAUCUUAGGCCAGAUUUGAAGAGAGGUCUUUUAUCGGAAUAUGAAGAGCAAAUGGUCAUUGAGCUCCAUGCUCAACUUGGCAACAGAUGGUCUAAGAUUGCUUCUCAUCUCCCUGGAAGAACUGAUAAUGAGAUCAAGAAUCACUGGAACACCCACAUCAAGAAAAAACUAAAAAAGAUGGGUAUUGAUCCAAUCACCCACAGACCAAUCUCUAGUACAGCAAAUGAUCAACCCCGGCAAGAACAAGAGCAAAAACAGAAACAAAUUACUUCUCUAUCUGAUAGUGAUACUACACCUGACUUUGAUCAAAACAAGGAACCCGAGACAUCAUUGGAGUCAUCCUCCAUUACUGAAGCCAGGGAGGAAAGCGGCAAAAGCAUGACAAGCACAUGUGACCCAAUGGAGCUCAUGAAUAAUAGCUUCUGCACUGAUGAAGUUCCAUUAAUGGAACCCCAUGAGAUACUAGUCCCAUGUGCAGAUUCUUCAUCAAGUUCUUCCUCCUCAUCAUCCUCUUCUUCUACUUCAAAUUCCUCCAACUUCUUGCAAGACUUGCAGUUCCCGGAUUUUGAGUGGCCUUGUGACUACAUGAUUAGCAACAGCAUGGGAUUGUGGGAUUAUGACCUCAGUCGUUGGGAUUUGUUGAUUACUGAUAAUGGUGACAAAAAGCAGAUUGUUGAUCCUUCUCUUUACUGCCCGAUAAUGGUUUUGGAUGAAGAAUCUUGGGCAUACAUAUAGCCUAUUGUGCGCUUUAUUUGUAACUUGAUUAUUAGCAAUGAAUUAUAUAUAUAUCAA